GAAAGAGACACCUGCAGUGCAUACAACCUACCAAAUGUCAGAGCUGAACUCAUCGCUGCACUGAUCACAUCACAUACCAAUCAGUGGUGAGGGAGGUGCAACAGCACUUAAAAAGAGGGUUCGUUUGAUAAAUAGUCAACAUUUCCUCCUGACUCCAGAUCACUGCUGAACACAGAGCAGUCGUCAACCGUUACCUGUGACCAAAAUGAAGAACUUAAUUCAGUCCAUCUUCAUUCUCAUUGCUGUGGUCAUGUCAACAACAGUGGCUCAGGAGGUGAUAUAUGCUCAAGUGGGAGGCACGGUUAGACUUCCGAAGCCGAAAAAUAUUGAGGACGGCCAUUAUGUUUUCUGGAACUUUCGUGAAAAAAAUGGCCCUCGACUUGCCCGGUACAAUCGCUUUAUUCGAUAUGUCACCCAAGAAGAUUUGCCGGAUGAAUGGAAGAACAAGUUGACUUUUGAUGCCGACUCGCUGGUAAUCAGUAACAUCCAACAAGAGAACUUUGGAACUGUCGUCCGUGAAGUGAGGGGAAAAGUCAUUGACACCAUCACAUAUAAAAUAAUUAAAAUCAAUGUGCCCUUGAACCCACCUCUUCUACUGCCUGGAGAAAGUCUGACACUAACCUGCGACGCAGAGAUUACUCAGGGUCAGAAGCCCCGGAUACACUGGCUUAACCCCGAGAACACAAGAGCAGGCCAUGGAGGAACAGUCACAGAGAGUGCCAAAAAUCAACACAAUGGCCAGUGGACCUGUGUCUUGACCAAUAAUGAAAAGCAAAGCAAGGCUAAAGUUUCAGUUACGGUUAUCGACCUCUCCCCAGCUCCUUCAUCUUCUCAGUAUACCUCCAAAUCCUCGUCUGUCACCAUCCCCUGUUCCCGUCCUCCUAACAUCCCAUGGAAACAAUUCAAAACCAAGGGCCUCAAAAGAGUUCAGUGGCGCUUCUUUCCUAAACCAUCCUCAAGUCCUGAAGGUCCACAAACCCUCAUGGACCUCGGUGUUGGGGAGCUGAUGAACUGGACGGGACCAACACACAGAAAACUGACUGCAUCAAACCUCAAUGAUGGAAAUCUGUCUUUGAUCAACACUCAAACAACAGAAGAACACGGAGGAGACUACGAGUGCUGUCUUACAUUCGAAAAUGGUCGUAAUCUGACAAGGACUAUACGAGUAGAGGUGCUUAAAAUCAUCUCUUCAGGAACAUUCAUUUCUGGCCAGCAGGUCAACCUGAACUGCAGCACUGGCUAUGCGCUGCCCCCCGACGUGCGACUGCAAUGGAUCCCACCACCGUCAUCAUCCCAGCAGAAAUCUAGCCAUCACUCAUACAUCAUCCCAAAAGUGAGCACAGGAGAUAGCGGAAAGUGGAAGUGUGAGCUGUGGCGGAACACAACACGGCUGACGUCAACUACGAUAAUACUGAAGAUCGAAUCCAACUUGAGCGGUUGGAUGCUGGUGACCAUAUGUGGCGCCGCAGUCAUCGUAAUCCUCACCUGCAUCCUUGUUCUCAUCCUCCACCGACGCAGACAACGGAAGAUGAGACACCUCAGGCAUCGAGUCUGCCGAUGCAAAAACCCCAAGCCAAAAGGAUUCCAAAGAUCAUAAUGUCUCCCAGAGCCCAGAAGACAUUUUUAAGAGGACAUCGCAACCAACUGAAUUACUGUCUGGAUAUGAUAGAUUAUUUAAUGUCCUGUCAUAUCUAUUAAAAUGUGAACAAACUGACAGUUUAAAACAAAGUUCAGUCAUUGUUGAAAUGUCAGAUGAGACUUACUUUUGCAGAAAUGUAUUUUAAAGUUGUACAUAUCAGCCAGAUUAGGAUUCUUUUCAACAUUCUUCAAUCAUUCUUAUAUUUUCAUUGUUCCAUUUAAUUCGCAUUUUAACAUGUUUAUAAUUAUUACUCUACUUGAUUUAAUUCACUUUGUUUUAGGUUAACCUUUUCGUAGAUUAACUGUCAUGUCAUGUAAUGUAUAUAUUUCUAUGGUAUUGCACUGAUAGGUUUGAUUACUUGCUUCUAUAAAUAUUCACACAUAUAUUAUCUGUAUAGACAUGAUUAUACUUUAUUAUUUACAAUGAAAACAGGAUCUGAAAAGAGGAAAAACAUUCACCACUGUCAUAAAUGUGCCAUGAAGUAAUCCAAUAAAGUUUUUUUUGGGGGGGGGAGGUGGUGGAGGGGUCAUUUUAUGCCUUUAUUAUAGGGACACUGGUGGGGUUCAGUGAAGCUGUUUGUCAUCCAUCUGACAGAUUUAAGGAUACUCAGACUGACAGGGAACAUUGUAUCAGCUCUGAGUUUAGCUGUUUUUUAAAUCUAACUUAAUUCAGACAGUUAGAUUAAAACAUUUUAGCAUUUAAUUUACAAGCACAACUUUUAUUACUAUCAAUACCAGGUUCAAAUUUUUACAAUAUAAGUGGUUAAUGAGAUAUAUAUAUAUCACUCCAUGUGAGCUAUACAAUGGACGCUAUAUCACUGUUCAUGGGAAUGUCCUGUUAUCCAAGAUUUUUGGAAGAAAGUGAUACUUAAUGUUUCUCAUAUUGUUAAUUAUGAUCUCCCUUUGUGCCUCAGGUUAUAUUUACUUGGUAUAUUUCCUACUGUAUGUAACUUAAGUUGUGAGAAGAACAAGAUGGUAUAUUUUUGUUAUCUGCACACUAAGUAUAUAAUUGCUGUGCUCAGGAAAAAUCCACUCAAGCAUCUCUGUCAAGCUUGCUAUCCAUGGAAAAAUUAACAUUUGCAUUAAAGUGAAAAUCUGAUGACUUUGACAAGAUGUGGGGACAAUUUACGGAAUUAAGCGAGUAUGGAUUAACUGGAAACCGUCAACAGUUUUCUUUCCUCUUUUUUGUGGUUGCUUGUUUUUUCUCUUUUUUGAUUAUGUUCGGUAUGUUUGACGUGUAUUCAAACCAGACUAAAUAUGGUUACACAUCAAUGUUUAUGCACACAAACUGUAUCUUAUAGGCCUGUUGAAUAUGCACUGAACAGCAAAGAUUGCAGGGGUAAUAAAUGAUGCAAAGCACGCCACAAAUAUAUAGUAUGCUACUGAUGUAUUGUCAUGAAAUGGCUUCAUCGGACUUAGAGCACAGGGGAAAAAUUACUUCUUCCUGGAUGAGAUUUUACUUGUAGAUACAAUCCUUACCGAAUAAAGUUCAA